UUGAGCAUGCUCUUGGGGCAAAGUCGUUCGCGCGCUGGACUUCGGGCUAGAAGGUCGAGGGUUGAGACUUGCUCCCUGCCGGCUUCAUUACAGUACGUUUUGUCGCAUGAAGAUGACAGCGUGUUGAAAAUAUUGCGUCACAUCGUAAACUAUCCAAUCAUAAUUUAGUAUUUUAUUGAGGCAAAUUUGAAUUUUUUCACGUCGCAGUCGACGUCCGUUAAUCUCGAAAACCCAAUCAUUGUUGCCAACGUCGGUUUUGGGCCCGAAGAGAACCAAACGAAUGAGGGGAAUAAAGUGCUUGAAUUGUAAUGUUUAAUUGAUAAAACGUUGUCUGACGACAUGGAUGACGUGGUCAAAAAUAAGCUUAAGAGCAAUGCCAAGAUUUACAGUAACACUUUGGAGCGAAUAGUUCAAAAGUAUUCAAAGCUGCAUGACAAUGGGACUGAGGUGAACCUGGAGGACAUAACACCCCAAGAGGUGAGAGUAUGCAUGGUCAAGUCAGAGUUGGAACUAUCAAAGCUGGGAUUGUCAAAGAGUGAUGUUGACCUGGCAGAGCUGUCACUAGGAGAUGUUUCUGAAAUACACAGGCCACAGAACAUCAUUAGAGACUUCAAGAUGGACAUCUCAUACCACCAGGAUGAUCCUGACGAUGAUUGUGUAGAUGAGGGUGCUGGCCCCUUGGUGGAUAAUUCCAAACUGAAUGGGACUAGGAGUAGCCUGUGGGGUGCGCCAGAGGAGCUGGAGCGCUCUCUGAGCAGUCAACGUAGCACUCUACUGGACCAGUAUCCCAGCAUGGUCAGCCAGGUAGGAGAGGCCUGGCGGCGCCAACAUAUGUCCGACGUGGCUGUAGGGGUUUUGAGGAGGUACCACAGGCUCAGGUGGUUCUCUAACAGAAACCUCAAUAACCGCAGCUUCAACAUCAGACCUGUUCACAGAAAGACUACCCUCAACAAUGGCCAAUCCUUUCUCCAAACACCUCAGAACACCAUACUGAAUGUGAGUAACCCCAAGAGUCCAAAGUUGAACCUCAAAAUGACAACAACCCACACCCAUCUUCCUCCACAGACCAAGGUCAACCUCCAGGAAUGGCCAGCAGAGAGGCUGUCCCACAGGAAGGGUACAGAUUCAGGGAACGGACAACCGUCUCACCCUGUUCUAGUGAUGGACUUCUCCUCUGCAGGCUCCAGUCCUGCCUCCCCUCCCUCUGCAGCCCCCUCCCUUCUCUCUGCUCCCUCAUUUGCAGAUUCCUCUCCUCCCUCCUCUGUAGCCUCCCUUCCCUCUUCUCUCUCAUCUGCAGACUCCUCCCUACAGGAGAGCCCUGAGCCGGAGGAGCCCCCCUUAAACCAAACCUUCAUGGUGUCCAUGCCGUCUUCCCCAACCACCAGGGUUAGACAUACUACCCUGGACUUCAGUCCUGCCAGAUCUGAAGACACCUUCACAGCAGGAGGGUUGAGCAGUCCAUCUCUAAGGAAGUGUGCCCUACCCACAUUUCCCCAUCCAAGGUUUUUCACAGCGGUAUGCCCUGUGGUCUGUAUGGAGAUGUCUUCAGACUACCGCUCCGCAGUAGCACAGAGCCCCUACAGAGCCAGACUGCUGAUCUGGGACGGCCAGCGUGCAGCAUCUAACGCCCACCAUAGAAGCCCCAAGUCAGGCUUUGCUGGAUAUCAUCAAAGAAACACUGUGGAGCCCAGAUCUUCCCCUGAGUCUUCACCCUCCUCUCUUCAUAGGCCUCUGAUGCCACCUAGGAAGCCCCACCACCUGGACUCCUGCAGUCGCUCCCAGCUGAAACUCCAAUCGUCUAGAUCAUCAUCUGAUCAUGAGUCUGGGGCAGGCCAGCCAAGGCUCCGGCGACACUAUUCCCUGGAUUCCUUCUCCUCAUCUGUCAGUCUCUUACGAAACUCUGAUAAGCAGAUUGACAAGGACUUCCAGAAGCUCUACCACAAGCUUGUCUGUCAGGGCAAAUCCUCCUCCUGCUGUACCUGUGAGAGGAGAGCAGAGACCACCAGAGGAACCUCCUCUUCUGCUCUGGCUGCCCUGGCCCUGUCUCCUCACCACUCUGUCAUGAGGAAGCGUCGCAGGGAGCUGGUCCAAGAACAGUCCCCAGAGUCCAAACGUUACAGAGAUAGCUCCUUUGCGUACUCCCCAGGAUCCCUCCGCCAGAGGGUAGAAAUGUUCAGGUGUCAGAACCGAUCAGGCAGCCAUUUGUCCUCCAACCAGUGGGACAUCUCCUGUGACUCCCACAACUGGAGCCCCCGCAGGGCCAGUUUGGCUCAUACCCACCACAGCCCCCAUUACCAACAUCACUCAUCAAAUGCAGCAGUCAGGAAAGCUGAAGGCUCCUGGUCUGGCCUGCAUGUUGAUCAGCACUCUCCUGCUUGGAGAGAGAAAUACAGCCGAUUUGUUGGAAUUCAUCAAGGAAAGUCAAUUGUCAAGGCAGAGUGGCAAUGUGGCUGUUUGCCAAGUUUCUCUAGGAGACAGCUUCUGUAUAAAUGAUGUCAACCCACAGAAAGGCUGUCCUGUCCUGCACCUCUACCGGAGUUUUUUUUAUAUGCCAGAGUUGAAAACAUCUCUGCUGUUUAUCUGCAUUUGAAAACAUACUUAGGAUGUCCCAAUAACCAUGAACUAAUUUGUUAUAAUGAAAUGUUUAUGCAAUGUCUUUUUAUAUACUGUACCAGUCAAAAGUUUGGACAAACCUACUCGUGCAAUGGUUUUUCUGUAUUUUUACAUUGUAGAAUAAUAGUGAAGAUUUUUUUCAAAUCUAAGAAAUAACACAU